AUGAAUAAGGUCAAAUCUGCUAUGAUCAACUUAUUUCCGUUAAUUCAGUUAAUUUACCAACCACAAGCUGAGCUACCUGCAAAUUUGCAAACUUAUAUUAAUAAGUUUUUAAGUGAAACCACUUCAUCAAUGAACGCGAUGCAAGUUACUGCAGUACCGACCAUGGAAACCAAUAUUAUGCCAAAAUACGAAUACGAAAAUCGACCAACAAAGUGCAAAAACUGUAAAGAGGUUGGACAGAGACAAUUGAUUUGUCUGGCACGAGCUUUACUUCGUAAUAAUAAGGUUUUAUUUAUCGAUGAAGCAACAGCAAAUGUAGAUCACAAAACAGAUUCACUUAUUCAGAAUACAAUUCGAACUAAAUUUUCUCAUUGUACUGUGUUGACGAUUGCUCAUCGACUGAAAACAAUUAUCGACUCUAGUCGUGUUCUUGUUCUUGAUGCUGGUAAAGUCGAAGAAUUCGAAGUUCCAUAUAAUCUGCUUCAGAGAAAAACAUCUCUUUUCUCUAAACUUGUAGCUCAAACUGGUAAAUCUAUGAGUGCAAGGCUGUACAAAAUGGCAGCGGAGGCUUACUCUGCAAAUGUAUUGAGUGAAUAUCACGAAGAGAAUCAUAAUGAAAAUGAUGAAAAUGAUGAAAAUAACUGA